UUGUAUAUAAAGCAACCAAUAUUAGCAUCGGUUGCCAUUCCCUGCUACUUUCCCUCCUCUUUCUUCAAACUCUGUUUCUUUUUCUACUCUGCAUAUUUUGGUUGCAACACACAGAUUCUGUCUUGCUUGGGCUCUUCUAAGCCACCUGCUUCUGCUACACAGAGUGCAAAAGCAAAAACCAUUUUUUCAGUGCUCUGUUUCUCAUUGAAGAGAGUGAGGAAUAGGAAGGAAAAAGAGACCCCACAAUUCAGAAAAUGAAGUACGUGCUGGUGACUGGUGGAGUUGUUAGUGGUCUUGGCAAAGGUGUUACGGCCAGUAGUAUUGGCUUGCUUCUCAAAGCUUGUGGACUUAGAGUCACUGCCAUUAAAAUUGAUCCUUACUUAAACACAGAUGCGGGAACAAUGUCCCCCUUUGAGCAUGGAGAAGUGUUUGUGUUGGAUGAUGGUGGUGAGGUGGACCUGGAUCUUGGAAACUAUGAGCGUUUUAUGGACGUCAAGUUGACCCGUGAUAAUAACAUAACUACUGGGAAGAUUUACCAGUCUGUCAUUAAUAGAGAGAGAAGAGGAGACUAUUUGGGAAAAACUGUUCAGGUUGUUCCUCAUAUCACUGAUGAUAUUCAAGAUUGGAUUGAAAGGGUGGCCCACAUACCGGUAGAUGGAAAAAUCGGUCCAGCUGAUGUAUGUGUCAUAGAAUUGGGUGGAACCAUAGGAGAUAUAGAGUCCAUGCCAUUUAUUCAGGCACUAGGACAAUUCUCAUACAGAGUAGGUGCUGGAAACUUUUGCUUAGUUCAUGUCAGCCUUGUUCCUGUUUUAAAUGUUGUUGGUGAACAGAAAACAAAACCAACCCAGCAUAGUGUUCGUGCACUGCGAGGUCAAGGGCUGACUCCACAUAUUUUAGCAUGCCGCAGUACAAUGGUACUGGAUGAAAAUGCAAGGGGAAAACUCUCUCAAUUUUGCCUAAUUCCGGCGCAAAACAUUAUUACCCUUUAUGAUGUUCCCAACAUCUGGCACAUUCCUUUGCUUUUAAGGGACCAAAAGGCUCAUGAAGCAAUGUUUAAAGUGCUGAAUCUUCAGGGUGUAGCUAAAGAGCCUAAUUUAGAGGAAUGGACUUGCAGAGCUGAAUCUAGUGAUUUGCUUCAUGAACCAGUUCGUAUAGCCUUAGUGGGGAAAUAUACAUGCCUUUCAGAUUCCUACCUCUCCGUUCUAAAGGCCUUACUGCACGCUUCUGUUGAUUGUAAAAAGAAGCUUGUUGUAGACUGGAUUCCAGCUACCAACCUUGAAAGUGCAACUGCAAAAGAGAAUCCUGAUGCAUAUAAGGCAGCAUGGAAGUUAUUGAAGGGUGCAGAUGGUGUGCUGGUUCCAGGAGGGUUUGGGGAUAGAGGAGUGCAAGGAAAGAUUAUUGCAGCUAGAUAUGCCCGCGAAAACAGGAUUCCAUUCCUUGGCAUUUGUCUUGGAAUGCAAAUUGCUGUCAUAGAGUUUGCAAGAUCUGUUCUUGGUGUGCAAGAUGCUAACAGUACUGAAUUUGAUCCCCAUACCAAAAGCCCAUACAUCAUAUUUAUGCCUGAGGGAUCAAAAACACAAAUGGGAGGUACCAUGCGCCUUGGAUCAAGGAGGACAUAUUUCCAGACCAAGGAAUGCAAAUCUUCAAAAUUAUAUGGCUGCAAAAGCUUCAUUGAUGAGAGACAUCGGCAUAGAUAUGAGGUGAACCCAGAAUUGGUAUCUCGCCUUGAAAAUGCAGGUCUUUCUUUUACUGGGAAGGAUGAAACAGGUCAACGCAUGGAGAUUGUUGAGCUACCUAACCACCCAUAUUUCAUUGGAGCUCAAUUUCAUCCUGAAUUCAAAUCAAGACCGGGAAAACCUUCUCCUUUGUUCCUAGGGUUCAUUGGAGCAGCAUGUGGACAAUUUGAUGCUGUCUUACAGAGGUCUUCAAUUGUUGAUAAUAGUCUCUCAAAAGGAGUAGGCAGUGACAUCUCUGCAGUGAACAAAACAUACAAAAAUAAAACUGCAACAAAGACAGGUUAUAGGACUGAGUUUAUAUAUGGGAGUUGCAACGGGUUGCAUUUCUAAAUGUUAACGGUGUUCCUUCAUCUUUUAGAGUUUUCAAGUUAAUUGGUUAAAUGUUGAGGGCUUUGAGUUGUGUAGGAGAGAUUGUUUGUACAGUGAAUCAAUUGAACCUUGGUAGGUAUAGAGUUUUCAGAGGAUACAGAGAAGAGCUUACUCCCGGUCUUUUUAAUGGGACCAGCUCAUCUAAGUUUAUAAUGGUUUGAUUGGGGAACUAUGAAGCUUGUCUUAUGUUUCAGGCAAUGGAAACUCUUGGUUUUGUAAAGAUCUUAAGCAGACUAUAGAGAAAUUCUUGUGAGCUUCAACUAUUUUCUUAUAUUUAUUGUAAUGUCAAUUUUCUUGUCACAAUGUUUUACAAAGUUGUUUAGUGAAUGAAAUCUCAAUUAUUUCUUCUUGAUCA